AUGUCCAUAUCUAACUCACCUGUAGAUUCUUCAAUUAGCCUGGGAUACGGUAUCGCCAUUGCCAUUGGCAUAUUAAUUCUCAUUUCACUCAUCAUAUUUGCUUCCUAUGCUUGUCUUCGUUUCAAAUUAGCUGGAAAUUUUAGUACACCUUCGUCAUCUUCCAAUGUGACUAAUAAUAGUUACAUUUAUAGCUACUUCCUCGGAUUGGAUCGACCUGUGAUAGAGUCAUUCCCUAAAGUAGUGUUAGGUGAAAGCAAGAGAUUGCCUAGCCCCAUUAGUGAUUCAAGUACAUGUGCUAUAUGCUUGUGUGAAUAUUGUGCUAAGGAUUCAGUUCGUUGUAUACCAGAAUGUCAUCACUGUUUCCACGUGCAUUGUGUCGAUGAAUGGUUGAGGAAGAGUGGGACUUGUCCGAUUUGUAGAAGCUCUCCUGCUUCUCCAUUAACGCCGCCUGCGGCCACUACUUCUCUUGCGCAAUUGGCUUAUUAUCAGAGAUGA